AUGCCUACCACCACCAGAAUCAUCUCUAACACCCGGAAGACAGAUAAAGAGAAGAUCCCAGUCUAUGAGCCAAAUAUCCCUGAACCCAAAUGCAGAGCUGAUCUCAUCAAACACUGGAUUACCUUGUCCUUCGACGACAAGACAGCCAAUAAGAUGCUUUGGAUCACAGAUGGCGGUGCCAAAGUGGCCCGUAUGACCGAUGAUGUGACUUGUCCCGUCUUGGACAGACCAGAGCGAUAUGAGUAUUCUCCACAGGUUCUUUGCAAAGAAGGCAUCCUGGGCUUCCGCGGCUACUGGGAGGUGGAGUUUUCAGGAUGGGUCGUGGUCGGAGUGGCGUUCGAGCGAGCGGGCAGGAGGAACACCCACGGAUCCUGCGGCCUGGGAGAGAACGAGGAGUCCUGGGGUCUUGGAUGGAGCGGCUCUGUUUAUCAUAGCUGGCACAACGGCCGCACCACCGAGAUCAUGGAGAGCAAUAAGUCCUCCAUAAUAGGUGUUUAUCUUGACCAGCCUGCUGGCGUCCUUAAUUUCUAUUCUGUGGAGGUGAAAGAGGGAGAGGAGGGAAAGGAGGUUAAACUUCUGCAGCAGAUUAAGAGCUCCUUUAAGGAGAAAUUGUUCCCAGGUUUCUGGGUGGGGACACAGUCUCACUGUCUGCUCACAAAGAAGGAGGAAUAA